GCGCACACGGCAGGCAGUAGAAGGCCCAAUAAACAAAGGAAGAAGGCCAUCCAUCACCCCUACCACUCUCUUCCAAUCCAUCCAUCCAUCCAUCCAUCUAUGUUGCAUUAUAACUCCUACCCACGUUGUUGUUCUUUCAUAUGUGGCAUCCGUGUCGACCGGUUUGCGCGUUGAAACAGGUGCAUACUAUUCCAAUACCUUCUCCCUCUUGUAAAUCCAAACCAAAAGGAAACCCGGUACACAAACAAAUAAGGCAGCUCAACUGCAGCUAAGGGAUUGAUUGCCCAAUUGGACCCAGCAUCGACUAACAACGAUCCUCCCCUCUAUUUCAUCAUCAAUUCCCCCCCUUUUGCCCACCCUCACAACUACCUUCUUUCCUUUCUCAGUUUUACUGGUAAUUGGAUCCUUCCCCUUUUCCUUAAAUCGUUCUAAAUUCAGUCUGUAGAGGGUAUAUACCGUUCUGGGUCUGGUUGUUUUGUUGGAUUCCUUGACUUUGACAGCUUAAAGUUUGCGCCUUUUUUCAGUUCCUUGGAGCGGUUGGUUGGGGAAGUUUGAAGGUGUGUGAUUGCUCGCUUUGUUGUUGUUGUUGUUGAAUUCUCCUUCUUUGUUGUCUUCAACUUUUGAAUUGGUUCGAUCACCUGGGUAAUUCUGUGGAAAUGGAUUGUGAUAAGCUGUUGUUGUUGGUCGAGACAGAUCAUGUUGAUUUCUACUGUUGAAUUUCAUUUGUGAGGAAGAGCGAGAUAAGACCAUUGAUCUGGGCAAUUUUGAUUAAGCUGAUUUCUGAAGCUGACGUCUAGAUUUGGAAGAAAAAUGGGGUGUAUUGCUUCGAAGGAAGGUAGCCCUAGGGAGAGGUUGUCAUCGCGUAGGGGAGUGUCCUUCGAUAGGCGAGUUGCCCAUGUGAAUACAUCGGGAGGAAGGGAUGAAGGGAGUCGAUCAAGGAGUAUAUCAGACAGUGGUGAAGUUAAGGUCAUGUUGAUUGAGAAGAAGAAUCAUGGUUCCAGUAGGUACCAUAGUGAUCAGAUGGUGGAGUUAAGGUCGAAAGAUUAUCAAAUCGAGAAAAAAAUGGUGCCGAGACGUGAGGUUUCUGCUGCUGUUGCUACAACUUAUUCCAAGAGUGAGAGAAGGUUUGAGAUUACGGAUUUUAGCGAUCCUGCUUGGGGGAGGGUGCCAAAGAAUUUGGAGGCUGAGCAGGUUGCCGCUGGAUGGCCUGCCUGGCUUGUCUCAGUUGCUGGUGAAUCGAUCAAAGGUUGGGUUCCCCGGAAGGCGAAUUCAUUCGAGAAGUUGGAUAGAAUUGGACAAGGAACUUACAGCAGCGUCUACAAGGCACGUGAUGUCACUCACAAUAAGAUUGUUGCUCUUAAGAAAGUUCGGUUUGAUAAUAGUGAUCCAGAUAGUGUCAAAUUUAUGGCGCGUGAGAUUCUUAUCUUGCGCACGCUGGAUCAUCCUAAUGUUAUAAAGCUAGAAGGCCUGAUAACAUCACCAACAUCUUCAACAUUGUACCUUAUUUUUGAGUACAUGGAACACGACCUCACAGGAAUUGCUUCAAUACCAGGACUCAAGUUCACUGAACCUCAGAUAAAAUGUUACAUGAAGCAACUUUUGAGUGGACUUGAUCACUGUCAUAGCCGUGGUGUUCUGCAUCGUGAUAUCAAGGGUUCGAAUCUUCUGAUUGAUAACAGUGGCAUCCUAAAAAUUGCUGACUUUGGCUUGGCGAGUUUCUUUGACCCUAAGAGUAGUGCUGCAUUGACCAGCCGUGUUGUUACUCUUUGGUAUAGAGCUCCAGAACUUUUACUCGGGGCCUGCAACUAUGGAGUUGCUGUAGAUUUAUGGAGCACUGGGUGCAUACUUGGUGAAUUAUAUUCUGGAAAACCUAUCUUACCUGGAAGGACAGAGGUCGAGCAACUGCAUAAAAUCUUCAAGCUAUGUGGCUCACCAUCUGAUGAUUAUUGGAAGAAAUCAAAACUUCAUCAUUCUUCAGUAAUAAAGCCCCAACGUCCAUACAAACGAUGUGUUGGAGAAACAUUCAAGGAAUUUCCUGCUCCUGCUCUUGCGCUUUUAGAGACCUUACUGUCCGUUGAUCCUGUUCAGAGAGGGAAUGCCGCUCUAGUCCUGGAGAGUGAGUAUUUUGCGACAAGACCAUUUGCUUGUGAUCCUUCAAGUUUACCCAAGUAUCCUCCCAGCAAAGAAAUUGAUGCUAAAAAGCGUGACGAAGAAGCUAGAAGACAAAGGCAAGCUGCCAUUAAGGGGAACGGACCAAAUGAAUCAAUGUCUAACAAGGGGCCUACUGGCAAUGCAGAUGUAUCCUCAACACAGAUUAGCCGUCAUUCCUAUUCGAAAGGUGAAAUGUCCCACUCAAUCAAGGACACAAAUUUCUCUGGCCUCCUUGUCCAUCCCUCUAAGCAAAUUCAACCUGGAAAUGAGGGAAGACGGAGUUACAUGGAAAGCCAACGUCCGAAAGUCUCACAUUCUGGGCCAUUGGUCCAUGGUGGCUGGACCAAGUCUGGUCGAGAUCAUCAUGACAACAAUCCUCAUGGGGCAUCAGCUAGAAGCACCAACAUCUCAACAAUGUCUGGUCUAGUAGCUUCCAGGGCUGCAUUGCCUGAAGACCGCAUGGGAAAACCCAGUACUUCGCAGCCUGAUUCAGUAAAGCAAGGAGGAAGUAGGGCCCAUGGUUCACUAAACCGGUCAGACUACCCGAGAAUGGAAGACCGAAGUUUUCCAUCCCAAAGGGGAACAGACUCUUCUUCUCAGGCUGGAAGUGGGCAACAACCGGGUAGUCGGGACCCUGGCCUGCAUAUUCGGGGGGCCAAGGGGAACAAGAUAUAUGUAUCUGGUCCGUUACUCGUACCAUCAAACAACGUGGAGCAAAUGCUGAAAGAGCACGAUCGUCAAAUACAAGAAUUUGCUAGAAGACGGCUUGACAAGGCAAAGCUCGGAAAAGGAGGUGUUCCUGUGAGGUAAAAGAACCUUCAGGAAAUUGUGGAAAUCAGUGGGGCAACAAGGCUUGAAGAAGAAAAGCUAACUUGAUUCAUGGAAGAGCUUUUUAGUAGCAGCUCUCUCAGUACCCCUCCUCUUUGUACAGUAGAGUGUUUUAAACAUCUUUUCUUCCCUUCCCUCUCUGCUUCAGUACACUAUGGUGCAGAUGGCAACAAUGACUGCCUUCGCAGAAGGAAUUAUCUCUUUCGAAACAUUGAAAAAUGCCAAUUCUUAGCUGUCUGCUUACUGUGGGCGGUUGGUAACCGGUGUGUGGCUUCCUUCCUCCAUUAGCCCCUGGUUCAUAGAUUUGGCAGAGAGUGAGGAAAAAGAGAAAUAUAUACUUGUAUUGUUUACAGAAGAGUUUUAGGAGAAGAAUCAAAAUCAAGGUUUGAUUUAUGAUGAUGUAUUUUGUGUAGACCAGAUAUAUUUAUUUCUGCCCUGGUGGUGUACUGGUGUAUACAAGUUUCUUUCCCAUUUGCAACUUCCUCUUCUGCAAAUUGUUCUUAUGUGCCAUGUUUGGAAGGUGUUUUAAAAAGUAGCCAAAAGUAAGGCUGCAAAUUGUUCUUAUGUGCCAUGUUUGGAAGGUGUUUUAAAAAGUAGCCAAAAGUAAGGCUGCAAAUUGUUCUUAUUUGCCAUGUUUGGAAGGUGUUUUAAAAAGUAGCCAAAAGUAAGCUGACUUGUAAGGCAUAAUCUACAACCUUAACAGCUCCAAGAAUGAUGAGUAAGGCUGGCUUAUCCAAAAAAACACUGCAGGCCUCA